CCUUUAUUUGAAAGUGGGCGUGACUUACAUACAUAGACCACAAAUAGAAGCCAAAUACGUAACCUAGCUUGUCGGCUAGUAAACAACUUCUGAAAUGGCGUCGUUAGCAGCGACGGAUCCAGCGACAUGUCCGGGGUCACUGCAGCCAGCAGAGCCUGUUAUCCCUGCAUGCAUGUUUGCUCCGGACCGAGGGUGUGCGGAGGAUCCGUGUGCAGGAGACCUCUAUGGAGACGGCGAGGAUACGAGCACAGAGUCCGCGGAUCAUCUAGAUUUGAGCAACAAGCUCGUUCUUGUGAGUCCAACAGGUGAACAAUACGAUUCACUUCUGAGACACCUGCGGGAGCGGAUAGACGAGGGCUGCGGGGAGACCAUCUAUGUGGUCGGGUUGGGUUCAGAUGGAGGGGACUAUGGGUUGAAUGAGAAGGACAUGGAAGCGUCGGUGGCGACGGUGCGGUCGCUAUGUGAUCAGAUCGAAGCCGACAUAAUCCUAUUGAGGGAAAGAACGGAGUCUGCGGGAAAGAUUCGGGAUUACCUGAUCCGCCGCAGUGUGGGGGAGCAGGACUUUCUGGAAGUAAGAGUGGCGGUUGUGGGGAACGUGGACGCUGGAAAGAGCACGCUGCUGGGAGUCCUAACUCAUGGCGAGCUGGACAAUGGCAGAGGCUUCGCUCGCCAGAAGCUGUUCAGGCACAAACAUGAGAUGGAGAGUGGCAGGACCAGCAGUGUGGGCAAUGACAUCCUGGGUUUUGACCAGGAGGGUCAGGUGGUUAAUAAGCCUGACAGUCAUGGCGGCGGUCUAGACUGGACUAAAAUUUGUGAGAAAUCCUCGAAGGUCAUCACCUUCAUCGACCUGGCCGGCCACGAGAAGUAUCUAAAAACCACAGUCUUCGGGAUGACGGGACACUUACCUGAUUUCUGCAUGCUGAUGGUGGGCAGCAACGCCGGCAUAGUGGGCAUGACCAAAGAGCAUCUCGGCCUGGCGUUGGCGCUAAACGUGCCGGUUUUUGUCGUGGUUACAAAAAUAGACAUGUGUCCAGCAAAUAUCCUACAAGAGACACUCAAAUUGUUACAAAGGUUAUUGAAGUCGCCGGGUUGCAGGAAAAUCCCCGUACUGGUGCAGAACAAGGACGACGUCAUUGUCACGGCCUCCAACUUCAGCUCUGAGAGGGUGUGUCCGAUAUUCCAGAUCUCAAAUGUAACGGGGGAGAACAUGGACCUGCUGAAGAUGUUUCUGAACCUGCUCUCCUCCAGGACCACCUUCAACAACGACGAGCCGGCCGAGUUUCAAAUCGAUGACACGUACUCCGUACCGGGUGUGGGCACAGUAGUUUCAGGUACAACGCUCCGCGGAGUGAUCCGCCUCAACGACACGCUGCUGCUAGGUCCAGACCCGCUUGGCGCCUUCAUCCCCAUCGCUGUCAAGUCCAUUCACCGUAAGAGGAUGCCCGUCAGAGAGGUUCGCGGAGGACAGACGGCCUCCUUCGCCCUAAAAAAGAUUAAGCGCUCGUCCAUCAGGAAAGGAAUGGUCAUGGUUUCUCCUAAAUUAACGCCUCAGGCUACCUGGGAAUUUGAGGCGGAGAUUCUGGUGUUGCAUCAUCCCACCACGAUAUCACCGAGAUACCAGGCGAUGGUCCACUGCGGCAGCAUCCGGCAGACGGCCACCAUCCUGUCCAUGAACAAAGACUGUCUAAGAACAGGAGAUAAGGCCUCAGUCCACUUCCGCUUCAUCAAGACGCCCGAGUACCUGCACUGUGAUCACAAGCUGGUGUUCAGGGAGGGACGCACCAAGGCCGUCGGCACAAUCACCAAGCUGCUGCAGUCCGUGAACCCCCAGGCCUCUAAAGCCCAGCUGUCGAAAGCUCAAGCCAGCAAGAAGACUUAUAAAGACGGCGAGGAUGGCGGAUCAACCGCGCGGCCGCAAAGCCCGACCACAGCACAGGCGCUGCUAAAGUCAGGAAGCGGAGGACGCCGGCGAGGAGGUCAACGUCAUCGAGGGAAAAGCCAGAACGCUGCAGCCCCAGCUCCUGCAGGAGCAACGACAACAACAAGCACCUCCUAAAAACCUCACGCCUCCUCCUCCUCCUCCUCCUCCUCAGACCAUCGUUUAUCUUUAAGGAGCAAAAAAGGGACUGCUGGUUUCUGAAAAUGCUUUCAGGUCUUUUUUUAUGAAUAAGUGAACGUUUGAAGGCAUCUAAAAUCAUAAACACUUCUGAAGCAGUUGGUAAAUGUUCACUUCAGUUUGUAGGAAAUGUUAUUACAGAUGUUCAACACUUGAACGGUCUGACAAUUAAUCCGAAAUCUUGAAUUAAAAAGCAGAAGUAUCAAGUGUCACUCUUUUGUUGUUGCUGCUGUUUUUUAAGAAACAUCUGAGUGACUUUGGAAAGUUUUCACUUUUUUUUUUUUUUUUAAAGAAACUUUUAAGUUUGAACCUUGAAGAGACUCGAAUGCUGAAAGUUUUCAUCACAAAAAUGUUUGGCAAAAAAUGCAAAAAAUACUGUAUAUUAUGUUAGGUGCCAAAGAAAAACUUAAGUUAUUGAGUUAUGAGAACACAGAAAUAGCAAAACAACCUUUUCUCCUCCUUAUUACUAAAUAAAAACAAUAAUUCUAGUCAGAGAAGAUUGGAAUAUGAUUUUUCUCUGUUAGUAAAGAUCUAAUGGCUGAGAUAAUACAUUUCAUCUCUCAUGGUCUGAAAUAACAUCGUUCAGUAACAUUUAAAAACAUUAGUUUAUGUAUUGAAAGAAAUAGGAUAAAAGGACAGAAGAUUUUUCAUUUUACUUUAGUGUUAACAGAAGCCAGUACAGGGGUUUGUAUUUCUGAAGAAAUACUGUAUUUUGUGUUAAAAAAAAUUCAACUUGUAAAAAAAAUAAUACAAAUAAAGAAUCUACUGCCUACAAGGUUCCAGUAGUUGAUGUUUCAACUCUUCAAA